GAUCCCCUCGGGAUCGCGCGGAAAGUGCUGCUUCCCCUUGGAAAGUGCGUCUGGCCAGCUCGCGCGCGUGCAUCUCGGCCGGAGAUCGACCGGAGGAGGACGACGACCGGAAUGGAGAGGAGGCAGCGUUGUCGUCGUGACUCGACCAGCCUCCAAGGUUGAAGGCCCAGCGCGAAUACACAGCCGCCACUGGAAAAUAUGGGCUCGGAAGCCUGGGAGCUGGAGAGGAGGUACUCGGUGCCGGGAGCUCUGGACACCAGGGGUCUCGAGCCGCCGGCCAGCGAGGAUCUGCACGCAUGGUCGAUUUACAGGCAAAACCUGAACUCCGACUUCACGGACUCCGCGCUCGGCUCCGCCGAGAAGUCGCCGCUGCCCUACGGGAAUUUCCAGCUCCGCGACUCCACGGUGCAGAGCAUACUGCGGCAUCCGCGAUACGGACCGAAGAGCCCGCUAGCCAACAAUUCUUACACGUACUUGAAGUUUGGCCUGCCGCGCGUCCUGCCGCCCAGCUCGCGGAAUCGCGACGGUUCCAGCGGCUAUGACUCCAGCGAGGAGGGACGACGCGUGUCGCACGCAGGUACGCGUGGUGCUCCGGUGCAUGCGACCUCAAUCAUGCGCUCGGCCAGGAGUGAUCCCGACUUCAGGCACGUCCACGCUAUGCCCAGGGAGCAGGCGCAUUCUCAGUUGACCGUGGCGAGAGAUCAUCCAAGGUUGAGGAGUGCCAGUGAGGCCAAUCUUCUGCAGAGCGCAAUCAGGACCAAUCGCCGACACAGCAUCGCACCGAUCGAUCCUGGGUACAUAGCGCAUGGGCACGGUAUUCUCGGACCGGAAGGCUACACGCUGCCAUUGAGACCCGUGCCGUGUCUGCAGCAUCCGCACUUGCAGCUGCGAGGUGUGGAGGCAUCAGGCUCGGACGGGUUGCCGUUUCUUCGCGGUAUCACCCUGGAAGCCGGUGCCGCCGAGGUGCUGGCCGUCAUGGCGACUACCGAGAAAGAAGGCACGCAAAUAGUCGAGACAAUUGCUGGCAGAAGGCGCAUCAAGAGAGGCGAUAUUCUCCUCAACGGAAGAUCCGUAUCAGCACGUAGUCUAAGAUCUCGCGUUGCUUACCUGCCGACGGAGAGCGGCUUGAGUCCCGGCUUGACGGCUCAGCAGACCCUCAGCUUCUACAUGCUGCUGAGGGGCGGCAGCAACACCACCACGCUCGAAGCUGAGGCGAUCCUGCAGGAGCUCGGCUUGGAGGCGACUAAGCACUGUCUGGUGAACACCCUUACGACUUCCGAAGCUAGACGCCUGGCUCUCGCUUGUCGGCUACUUGAGGACUCACACAUCCUCGCCUUGGACAGACCCACCCAUGGUCUGGAUAUUUUCGAUGCCUUUUUUCUGGUCGAGUACCUGAGACAAUGGGCCAGCCGCGGUCAGCGGCUCGUCAUCUUAACCUUGCAUCCGCCAACUUACGAGAUCCUCACGAUGGUGUCGAGGGUCGCGCUCACUUCCGGUGGUCGAAUCAUGUACUCCGGACUUAGAAGAGACAUGCUGCCAUACUUUGCGCUCGCCGAGUUCCCCUGUCCCCCGUUUAAGAAUCCGUCCGACUAUUAUCUCGACUUAGUGACGCUAGAUGACCUGUCGGCGGAAGCGAUGCUGGAGUCCUCGCAGAGGAUAGAUCAUUUGGCAGAAUUGGCCAGGACGAGACUGCCUCCUCUCAGCGAUCCUGGACCACCCGGGGCGCUACCUCCGUUGUCGUCCGGUCCUAACAUAUUUACGCAAAUCUAUGCACUGUUGCUGCGAACGUUGAUCUACAGUCAACCGUGGACGUUGACACGAUUGUUGCGAAAGAUUGUCAUCUCAGCGUCACUCAGUAUUCUGCUCGGUGCGAUAUUUUGGGACGUGGCCGGCGAGUCGAAUUUAUAUCUGAGGGACAGAAUAGGCUAUCAUUACGCUAGCUUGGGCAUCUUUUUCUGGCCCUUGAGUCUCUUGGCUAUGUGCGAGGUCGCUGACAGCAGGCCAAACGUCGAAAGAGACAUACGGGACGGGCUCUAUGGUAGAUUUAUUUACAUCCUCAUAGAGCUAAUCUGCAGUGUGCCGUCCUGGUGCGUGGUCUAUCUGAUAUACUUGGCGCCAGCGUUUGCGAUGUCGGGGCUGCACCUCGUGCCGGACGAGAACCUAACGUCCCUGUGGAACUACCUCGCCGUCGGCCUGCUGUACCUGACGCUGCAGCAUCUGGUGUGCGUGUUCUUCGCUCACACAUGCAAGUGGACGUACCUGGCGGCGUUGUUCGCCGGCAUCGUGGUGGGCGAGACCACCUUGUCCGGCGGAGUGGUGCUGCACAUGGACAAUCUGCCGUCGUGGUAUCAGAAGAUCAGCCCCAUGCAGUGGUCCUUGUCGCUGCUUCUGCCGCGUCUGCACAGGAGCGAGAGCAUGGGCAAACUGGCCAAUUGCAAGCCGAAGCAGAUCCAGCGGCAGGAUAUUAUCAUCCAGGCGGCAUGCGAGCCCCCCGACGGCGCGUUAGCCCUCCGCGAGGUCGCCCUCGACAGGCUGAACGUGCGCGGAGAGUUGUGGCUGGGCAUCGGUGUGGCCGUCGCGGCCGUGUUGAUCUUCCUGGGUUUCCUGUGCGUCAAGUACGCCACCCCGAAGAGGCCCAGGAGCGCCCCUAACAAGCCCUGAUCAAGUUGCGACAGUCGAAGAGAAGCCGAGUCCAGAGAAGCUGUACACUUCCGGGUGCCACGAAGUUCUAUAAGUGCUCGCGUGCUCGCUUUUAGUUAGCCUCCUUUGCGACCGAAUGACAGGAUCUCUCGUUCAAUAAUCAGAAGCUUCGUAGGCUGCCCUCCCUCCGGCGGUCUACUUCUUCGUUUCGUUCUUUCUUUAUUCUUUCGUUCUGUUUCUGUCGCGCUCGUAAAGUCUCGCGUCUUCGCGUCUUCGCGUCUACCCCGCUGCGAUUUUUUAAAGGGGCGCACUUUAGAGACUCGCAGGGUAGACAGGCGGUACUGCGGAGUACAAAGCCUGAGAAGACGCUCCCGUCCCGUGCAAUAGGAGGCCGCCGUUGUAGACGACAAAUAAACACGCUUAAUAUUUCGUAUAUCGUCUUAACCGAUAUCGUAUCGUUGUAAUCGUAUGAAAUAAACAUUCUUAUGAGACGAACAA